ACACAGGUGAAGAUUUGGUUCCAAAAUCGCCGCAGUAAAUACAAGAAGAUGAUGAAGGCUGCCCAGGUCGGUGCUCCUCCACCAAGCCUCGGUCUACCGCCCAGCAGCCCGCCCAACAACAACCAGUUAUUACAUGGUGGCGGUGGAAGUUCAAGCGGGUCUCAACACUCCCCCUCGGCGUACCAGAGCGGGGGACCGGCGCAGGCGCACUCCCCCACCCCCAGCUCCACCCCAGUAUCGGAGCUGUCCCCAGGGCUGUCACCCACAGGCACCCCGUGGGAUGUGAAGCAACCACCACAACCGUCAUGGGAUAUCAAGGUUGGAUAUCCGACGGCAGGACGGUCGCCUGACGGUAGCUCGUGCGAUGUGAAGCCACCACAUCAGCAAUCAUGGGACCCUAGGGUCGGAUAUGAGGGUUAUUUCGCGCCCCAAUCUGAUGAUAUUGAAGGAUCACCAGGCGCAGACGGCAUGAGGGGCCGACCUAUGCCUUGGAUGCUGAAGGGAGCGCCGCCCGGCCCAUGGGACAUGAAAGGCGCGCACGCCGCCCACGCACUGCAUCAUCAGGGGGCGCCACAACCUCACCCGCCCUACGUGCCACAAUACUCGUGGUAUCAAACUGACGCCAAUCCUGGAUUACUUACGUAA